AUGCACACCAAAGGUGUCAUUUUGCGGGCCUUUGAACAGUUCAGGUUGAAAUCAUGUAUCGAGUUCAAGCCAAGAGAGACAGAGGAUUUCUACAUCUUAGUUGACAAUCAAUAUGGAUGUUCUUCAUUCGUGGGGAAAGUGAUCAUUGGUGGUCAGAGUCUCUCCAUUGGUGAAGGCUGUGGCAGUGUUGCAAUUGUUCAACACCAGUUUCUUCAUGCUCUGGGUUUCUACCAUGAACAGUCCAGAUAUGACAGAGAUGAGCAUGUCACAAUCGUCUGGGAAAAUAUCAUAAAGGGAGCUGAACAAAAUUUCCAGAAGUACACUAACAGUUCAUUAAGUACCCUGGGUACUCCAUAUGACUACACCUCUUUGAUGCACUUUGGGAAAGAUUAUUUCAGCAAUGGAAAUGGAUCCACCAUCUUCACAAAGCUGCCUGAGUUUCAGGAUGUGAUUGGUCAGCAACUGGAGAUGAGUUCCUAUGAUGUGUUAGAACUCAACAAGCUCUAUCAGUGCAAUGCAUCCAUCUCAUUUCUGGACCACUGCAGUUUUGAUAACGAGAGUCUGUGUGAGAUGAGUUUCUGUUCUGGCUCUGAUCAUGGAUGGGAAAGAGUGACCAGUGUCGCCGGAGGUCCCCACUCUGACCACACUUACCUAGGGAGUGAAUCUCAAGAUGCUGGAUUCUUCAUGCAUGUCAGCACAGUAAAUGGUCAGGAAGGUGACACAGCAAGACUGGAGACCAGGAAAAUGACACCAAGCAGAGACUGUAAAGUUCAGUGUCUGCAGUUCUUCUACUACCACAGUGGGAAUGACUCUGACCAGCUCAACAUCUGGAUCAGAGAGUUUGACAGUGAGGCUGACACACAUGGAACACACAGACUAGUGGGCCAAAUCACAGGUCCCCCAGCCAAUUACUGGCAGCUCCAUCAUGUUGCCCUUAAAGCUACGAAAACAUUCCAGGUGGAAUUUGAAUCACGUAAAGGAGCAGGAAGUUCCACUGGUGGCUUUUCUGUGGAUGAUAUUAACCUGUCAGAGACUGAGUGUCCUCACAAUACUUGGCAGAUAAGAAACUUUGAGGAGCUUUUCCAAACCACUGAAGGAAACCUUUUUACCUUUAGCCCAAGGUAUUAUUCUCCUGAAGGCUAUGGCUAUCAAGUGAUUUUAUGGCUCCAGCAGGAAUACUUUUCCAUCUAUGUACGUUUAGUCUCUGGGGACUACGAUGAUCAGCUGCAGUGGCCUUGUCCAUGGAGACAAGUCACCUUCUUACUGCUUGACCAGCAUCCUCACAUGCAACAACGUAUGUCUAAACAAGCCAGCGUUACCACAGACCCAACUUUUAAACAAGAAGGUGAGAAUGAGUAUUUUUGGGACAACCCCCGCAAAGUUGGAACUCCAAAUGUCGAGAACAACGAGACAACGUACGUGAACAUAGCACGGGGUUACCGAUAUUUCAUGUAUCAAACAGAACUCAGACGGAGAGCAUUUGUUAAGGGCGGUGAUAUCUUCCUCCUCUUCAGUAUGCAGGACAUUUCAGGACUUCAGCAGAAAGAUUCCCUGCCCUGUCCCACUGUGAUGAUGCAAACGUUCACAGGCCCUUCAGUAGAGCGUCCAGAUGAGGGUCCAUGUCCAAAACGCUCUUCAUCUGGCAUGGUCACCUCUCCACUGAUCCUCCUCAUGGCCUCAGUGUCAGUGUUUUACUGA